CUUAACGCUCCCAGACUCCCGCCACCUCCCUCUCCCCUCCCCGACGAUUUAAGAACAGCGUGAAAAAACUAGCCAAGCGGCUUGGGUGGUUUCGCGGGGCCUUAUGGCUGCUUCUGGGACACUGAGCACUUUCCGCCUUCCGCCGUUGCCCACGAUUCGAGAAAUCAUUAAGUUGUUCAGGCUGCAAGCGGUGAAGCAGCUAUCCCAGAAUUUUCUCCUGGACUUGAGGCUGACAGAUAAAAUUGUAAGGAAAGCUGGUGAUCUGACAAAUGCUUAUGUUUAUGAAGUGGGCCCUGGGCCAGGGGGAAUCACAAGAUCCAUUCUCAAUGCCAAUGUUACUGAACUUCUGGUGGUUGAAAAGGAUAGUCGAUUUAUUCCUGGAUUACAGAUGCUUUCCGAUGCAGCACCUGGAAAACUGAGAAUUGUCCAUGGUGAUGUGUUGACAUAUAAGAUAGAAAGGGCUUUUCCAGAAAGUCUUAAAAGACGGUGGGAAGAUGAUCCUCCAAAUGUACAUAUUAUUGGAAAUCUGCCUUUUAGCGUAUCAACUCCACUGAUUAUCAAGUGGCUUGAAAAUGUUUCUUGUAAAGAUGGACCUUUUGUUUAUGGCAGAACCCAGAUGACAUUGACUUUUCAAAAGGAAGUGGCAGAGAGACUUACAGCCAGUACAGGAAGCAAACAGCGCAGUCGCCUUUCUGUUAUGGCCCAGUACCUCUGCAACGUUCAGCACAUCUUGACCAUUCCGGGUCGGGCUUUUGUCCCUAAACCAGAGGUGGACGUGGGCGUGGUGCACUUCACGCCCCUGACGCGGCCCAGGAUAGAGCAGCCAUUCAAGCUGGUGGAGAGAGUCGUGCAGAACGCAUUUCAGUUCCGAAGGAAAUACUGCUAUCGAGGCCUGGGGAUGUUAUUCCCUGAAGUUCAGCGCGUGGAAAGCACUGAGAAACUGUUAGAGUUGGCGGACGUGGACCCUACCCUUCGACCCAGCCAGCUCUCUGUCUCCCAUUUUAAGAGCCUCUGUGAUGUGUACCGGAAAAUGUGUGAUGAAGACCCACACCUCUUUACUUAUAAUUUCAGAGAAGAACUCAAGCAAAAUAAAAGCAAAAAUCAGGAAAGAGAGAACGACAAGGAGAGAUCCCGACGGUAGCUGCCACCUCGGUGGCAAGCAGCUUUUGUGGAUGUUGGUUUUCCCGAAGUUGAGCUGCUCAGAGGUACACUCUUUGGUCCACUAUGGAAGGACAAUAAAAAUACGAUGACCA